AUGUCACCACCGACCGAUCGUAAGACCAUACUGCAGAACCUCCGCUCGCAGAUCGACAAUGGCAAAAUCGUCGUUGGGGCAGGCGCUGGCAUCGGGUUAAGCGCAAAGUUCAUCGAAGCUGGUGGUGGCGACUUGAUCAUUAUAUACAACAGUGGAAGGUAUCGGAUGGCAGGCCGAGGCUCGUUAGCUGGUUUAAUGCCGUACGGAAACGCUAAUGAUGUCGUAUUGGAAAUGGCUGGCGAAGUUCUUCCUAUAGUCAAAUCCACGCCAGUGCUAGCUGGUGUGUGCGCAACCGACCCCUUCCGAGACAUGUCUCGCUUCCUGAAGCAACUGAAAGACCUUGGUUUCGCCGGCAUCCAAAACUUUCCUACCGUCGGUUUGAUCGAUGGAACUUUCCGGCAGAAUCUCGAAGAGACGGGGAUGUCGUAUGACGCCGAAGUGGAAGUAAUGAAGAUGGCACGCGAAAUGGAUCUCCUAACAACGCCGUAUGUGUUUAAUGUUGAAGAGGCGAAGAAGAUGGCAAAUGCAGGGGCCGAUAUCUUGGUCGCACAUAUGGGACUUACGACGAAUGGAAGUAUUGGGGCGAGUAGUGGGAAGAGCUUGGACGAUUGCGUGAAAUUGAUCCAAGAGAUUCGUGAUACCGCUACAGGAAUCAAGGAGGAUGUCAUCAUCCUGUGCCAUGGUGGACCAAUUGCAAUGCCAGAGGAUGCGGAGUAUGUGAUCAGCAGGACGAAGGGCGUGCAUGGCUUUUAUGGUGCAAGCUCAAUGGAGCGCCUGCCAGUUGAAGACGCGAUAACGAACAUCACAAAAACGUUCAAGAGGUUGAAGCCUGGGUCAUCGGCGUAG